CCAACUUUAAAGCACUUUGCACUGGUGAAAAGGGCUUUGGAUUCAAAAAUUCAAGUUUCCAAAGGAUCAUCCCAGGUUUUAUGUGCCAGGGUGGAGAUUUUACAAAUGGAAAUGGUCUUCUGUCCAUGGCAAAUGCUGGACCAAACACCAACGGAUCACACGGGUACAAUGUGGUUGAGAAGAUGGAGGGUGUGGGAUCCCAGAGUGGAAAACCAUCCAAGCCUGUGUCUAUUACCAACUGUGUUGCACUGUAA